AUGAGGCUUUUGGCGCUGCUGCUCUGGGCGCCGGCUUUGGGGCUGCGGCGAUAUGGCCGGGUUGACUGCCCUGGUGGGCAAUGCCACUGCAACUGCCAGCAGAGCUCACCGCAGAUGCCCUUCAUGCCGGUUGCUUCCGUAGCGCAGUGGCCCCCGGGCCUUGCCGCGCCCGUCGCACGGCCCCCGGUGGCGGUGCCGCCGCCCCCGGAGGCACCGCCGCUGGCGUCCAUUCCGCCGCCGCCCCCGGCGCUCCCGGCGCAGCCAGCCCUCGCCGUGCCGCCGCUGCCGGUGAUGUCGGACCUGGACUCCCAGGACAUCCCGCGGCUCACUACGGCGCCCCCGCCGCCCAAGCCGAUGACGGAGGAGGAGGCGGAGAAGGCACUGCUGCCCUGGCUGCAGCCCGGGGAGCUGGAAUACAGGAAGACGCUGGAGCGGAAGCGGCUCGAGGCCGAGAACCGCACCCGCGAGGAGAUGGCCAAGGCGCUGGAGGCUGCAGGAACCUCUUUGGCGGACCAGGCCAUGGCGGAUCAAAUCCGCCGGGAGAUCAAGUACAAAGGUGUCCAGAAGGGCGCCGAGAACGUGGCGAAGAUCGCCUGGCAGCAAGUCUACGGGCUGCCGCAGCCGUUAGGGCCCUUCCCUGGGGCCGGCCAGCCGAGCCCGGCCCCGGCGCCGGCGCCCGCGCCCGCGCCUGCUCCAGCACAAGGGGCCACGCCGGGGGCGGCACCCGCGCCGGCGCCGGCGGCGCAAGGAGUCUCUGCCCUGGCCCUCCGAGAGGCGCGGAAGCUGCGUGGCGCUUCUCACGGCGAGGCUUUGCUCCAAGGCCAGCGUUGCGACUGCCGCCUGGCGGUGGGAGAAGUGACUGAGACGACCACGCGGGCAUGGGAAGCAACCAAAAACGUGGCGCGAGACGGAGCAGCGCCAGAGAUGCAGCUGUUUCUGGUGGAGAUGGCAGCAAUGAAGUAUUUGGGCGCCUGCCUUGCGGUGCUCUUUGUGGGCGCGGAUGCCACCAAGCUCAAGAGGCGCGGCACCGUGAUGUGCCCCGCGGGCGGCUCUUCGUGCCACUGCAACUGCCAAAACACCAAUUCCAUGCCCUUCAUGGCGGGCAUGAAUGGCAUGAAUGGCAUGAAUGGCAUGAACGUGCCGGGAAUGCCGAUGGGAAUGCCCCAGAUGCCGCAGAUGCAGCAGGUGGCCGCGCCACCCAACGGCCCGCCACCGCCGCCUCCGCCACCCCCGCCUCCCCAGCCGCCACUGCCACCCCCGGAGCCCCCGCUGGCGCUGCCGGCGCUGCCGAAGAUCCCAGAGCUGACACCCGAGGAUUUGCCGACGCUGGGCCCGCCCCCGCCGGCCACGUUGCCGCCCACCCCGGCGCCGCUGCCGCAGCUCAACAUGCCGCAGCCGGGGGCCACGAUGCCGGGGCCGUCGCCCUUCGACCAGGCCACAUCUGCUCUGGCGGGCUCUGCAGGUGCGGGCGCUGGUGCCGUGCCCCAAGGCAGCAGCAGCGGCACCUCGGCCCUGAACGGCCUUGCGGGUGUCGCCCAGCAGCGCGGCCAGGGGGAGCUGGGGUAUCACUACUACCAGUACGUGCCAGGCUACGGCUACUUCUAUGUGCCCGGCCUCAAAGGCUCCAGCAAGACCCUGGCCAGUGUCAUGUCCGCCGGCAGGCAGACGACAAAGAGCUGCGGGUGCUUGCAGUCGUGGUCCCACAACGGCCAGAUGUGUGGCAGUUAUUGCUGCAAUCCUGACAACGACAUGGCCGGGCCCUGGUGCUUCGUGGAGGACAAGAGGCCUGCCAGGGUGACACCUGGGGCACUUGCUUGCCGCUCCCGGGAGCCCUCGCGCAGAUGUCCACCGAGUCCAAGGUCCUGGCACAGAUCUCUGCCAACGUCACGGACAUGCAAUCUGCACAGGCUUUCGCCCAUGUUGCGGAGAACGCCACAGAGGACGCCGCGGUGGAGGCCUUGGCCGAAGCCAUGA